AUGCUCUCGCAUUCCCUCGCGGGCCUUCAGCGCCUCCUCACGAGCCUCCAGAGCUCCUCCCAUUACGUGACCCAAGUUCUUAGUACUACACUGAUUGGUAUCCUGCGCAUCAUCUCGCACCCCUCUUGUACAUCCGUUGCAUCCUCUGAUGCAUCAGCAUCAUCUGUUGCACCCUCUCGCACCUCUGUCGCACCUUCCGUCGCAUCCUCUCACACCUCUGUCGCACCUCUCUGUCGCACCCCCUCGCACCUCUGUCGCAUCCCCUCGUACCUCUCUGUCGCAUCCCCUCACACCUCUGUCGCACCCUCUGUCGCACCCCCUCGCACCUCCGUCGCACCUUCUGUUGCACCUUCCGUCGCAUCCUGUCACACCUCUGUCGAACCUCUGUCGCACCCUCUCGCACCUCCGUCGCACCCUCUCGCACCUCCGUCGCACCCUCUCGCACCUCCGUCGCACCCUCUGUCGAACCCUCUCGCACCCUCUGUUGAACCCUCUCGCACCUCUGUCGCACCCUCACCCUCUCACAUCCUUGUGUUGGAGUCCGAGACGAAGAAGACCGAGCGAGCUGAAAGAAAGGCACUGGACGAGGAGUAA